GGGCAGGGGGCACUCCAGGACCUCAGCUGGGGGUUGGGGACACUGCACAGAGUCCGUGACCCUGCUGGGGGACAUGGGGGGCUCUGACCCUCUCAGGGGGUUUUUGCUGUGUGGGGGUGGCUCUGGAGCUUUGGGGGGCUGGUGGAGGAGCCCCAAACCUUGGUAGAGAGGGGGGAGGUUCUGGGGCUGUUUGUGCCAUCGGGUGAGGGUGGGAGGCUCCUUUCUGGGGGGAUGUGUCUGUGUGUGGAAAUGUCUGAGGAGAUGGAAAGGGCUCUGGGGGUUGUUUUUCUGGAUCAUUUUACUUGUGUUUACUGAGUGGGUGGUGCCAGACCCUCUCCAUGUGGAAUCUCAUCCCAUAGCAUGUUCCCAGGGCAUCUUUGGGGUUCUCAUCCCGUGUCCUCACUGACGAGGCUGAACACUCUGUGACCUCAGGUCCAGUUACCACUCACGAUGCUUCUCCUCCUUUUGUGCAGACUCUCUCCAGAGGGGGCUGAAGCACAGAAUUCCCCACCAUGGAUUUCCAGCACCGCCCUGGAGGGAAGACGGGCAGCGGAGGCGUCGCCUCGGCCUCGGAGAGUAACCGGGACCGGCGGGAGCGGCUGCGGCAGCUGGCCCUGGAGACCAUCGACAUCAACAAGGACCCCUAUUUUAUGAAAAAUCACUUGGGCUCCUACGAGUGCAAGCUCUGCCUGACACUGCAUAACAAUGAGGGGAGUUACUUAGCACAUACACAGGGGAAGAAGCAUCAGACCAAUUUGGCCCGGCGAGCUGCCAAGGAAGCCAAGGAAGCCCCUGCCCAACCUGCCCCAGAGAAGGUCAAAGUGGAAGUGAAGAAAUUUGUGAAAAUUGGGCGCCCAGGUUACAAAGUGACCAAACAGAGAGACCCUGAAACAGGCCAGCAGAGCCUUCUCUUCCAGAUCGAUUACCCCGAGAUUGCCGAGAGCAUCAUGCCCCGGCACCGGUUCAUGUCGGCCUACGAGCAGCGCAUCGAGCCCCCCGACCGGCGCUGGCAGUACCUGCUCAUGGCAGCCGAGCCCUACGAGACCAUCGCCUUCAAGGUGCCAAGCAGGGAGAUCGACAAAGCAGAAGGGAAGUUUUGGACCCACUGGAACAGGGAAACCAAACAGUUCUUCCUCCAGUUCCACUUCAAGAUGGAGAAGCCCCCGGCUCCCCCCAACCUGCCCCCGGGCCCCCCGACGGUGAAGCGGCCGCCGCCCCCUCCCCUGAUGAAUGGGCUGCCCCCCCGGCCCCCCCUGCCCGACUCCAUGCCCCCCCCUCCCCCUGGGGGCAUGACCCUGCCCCCCAUGCCCCCCCCCGGGCCCGGGCCCCCCCCCCCAGUGCCACCCCAGCUGCCCCCAGCCCCCGGGGUGCCCCCCCCUGCCCCUCUGCCCCCCAUGAUGCGGCCGCCGCUCCCCACGGAGGGGCCGGGCACCAUCCCCCCUCCACCCCCCUCCAACUGAGGCCGCUCCUGGUCCCACUGGAUUUGUCCCUUUCUAUCCUCAGAUCAUGCCCCGUUCAGGGAACAGCUCUGUUUUGUAUGAAUCUGAAUCCUGUAGGUUCAUUAAAAGGUUUUC